UCCUCUCGGUGCUCCCGCCGGAAGUGGCGCGCAGCACGCAGCGGAUGGCCGCGGGUCCCACACGUGUCCGCGGCGCUGCUCCUGCCGUCCGGGAGCCCUUCCAGCCUCUUCACCACUUGUCUGUGCCGCUGCCUCUCACCGAGCUGCUUUCCCCUCGCCUAGGCCCACCUGCUUGUCUCCCGUCCUCCUGGGGUGCUGCGGGGCCGCCGCCUGUCAGCGCGGCCUGCGGGCUGACCGCCUCCCGUGGGCAUGCCCCUGUGGGCUGUGCGCUGCCCUCUCCCGCCUGGAAAGGCGCUUGGGGUACCAAUGGAGCAAGCGCUGAAGGCUGGCUUGCGGAGUGCCGCGGGGCUGGCACUCAACUGCGGCCGGUGGUGGUGGGCAGUUAGGUAUCGCUCCACGGGGCGGCAGCGGCCCCGGCCCUUCGCACCGCCAGCCACAGGUGAGGAUGAGGAAGGACCAUCCCGAGGUGGAGAUGAUAGAGGUCGGCUUCCCCCCGCAACCUUCCCAGGUGUGGCUCGCUCUGGUAUGGCCCGCGAGGACCCGGCCCCUCCGAGCCGAGCGCCGCAGCGGCACAAGUUACACGAGAGAGAGGCCAGGCAGGCAGCGUCAGCCAGCGGGGAGCUGAGCUCACAACAGGCUGGCAUCUCAAGGGCAAGAAAGAGGCUGGAGCCUUUCUUCAUCGAGAGGACUAAAGGCUCAGAGAUCUUGUUUGGAGUUGCACCGUGUUCCCUGGCGCUCUCCCAGUCAAGAAGGGACCUGUACAGGUUGUUCCUCAAGCAAAGCAGCAGCAGCUCUCGGCGGCUUCUCAUGAAUGAGUUUGUUCUCCAGGCCACGGCCCGGGGAGUGCCUGUGCACCAUGUCACAGGGAGAGAGCUGAAUGCUCUUUGCAGAGGAGGGGUCCACCAGGGAGUUUGCUUGGAAGCCACUCCUCUCCGUUUCAAGAGUUUGAAGGAAACUGAAAAGCCUGAUCUGGGGGAUGAAGAGAGCCCAAACCGACAGCUGAUCUGGCUGGUGUUGGAGAGUGUCCAGGACCCCAUGAACCUGGGGGCAGUGCUGCGCUCUGCAUACUUCUUGGGAGUGGACAGAGUGGUGACAAGCCAGAGGAACAGCUGCCCCUUGACUCCAACAGUGAGCAAAGCUAGCUCUGGAGCUGUGGAACUCUUUGAUGUCUACAGCACAGAUGAUCUCCAGAGCUUUUUGAAGGCCAAAAGUGCAGAAGGUUGGGAAGUCGUGGGAACAGUCAAGAGUUCUGAGGAGGUGGAAAAUGUUCCUGUCAUCAGCUGCUCAGAAUUUCGGUGGAACAAACCCAUUCUUUUAGUAAUAGGAAAUGAAGGGGAUGGACUUUCCUUGGAAACACAGCUCCUCUGCCAUCAGAUGCUGGCCAUACCCCCUGGCAGAGCGCUGCACCCUGGCAUCGAGUCGCUGAACGUCUCUGUGGCUACAGGUAUUCUUCUGCACUCCAUCUGCAGCCAGAGGCUGAGGCGUGAUGAUUGAAAUGGUUUUUACUUGACUGGGGAAUCUGCUGGGUGGUUUGUAGCUGCCUCUGUUGGUGUAUGGAUAUGGAAAUGCUCUUACCAGAGUCUUCACCACUGCUGCAAGUUCCAGGGAGAGCCCCACCGACCUGAGCUGUGUCUUAGUGCCAGGAUCAUCUUGGUGGUAUCAUCUUUACCACGAUGCCACCAGAGCCCUGCUACCUUAGUGCUGAAGCCAGACACAUGCAUGUAUUGGGCAACACUUCAGAGGAGCAGCUGCAAGGAAGAGAGACAAAUCUGGGUUUUAAAAGCAGGCAGCCAAAUCCUGCAGUUCUUGCACAAACAUCUGGAGAUAGCUUUGAGCUUUGUGUUUGUUGUGCAGGGGCUUUGUACACUGCUCAUGCUGCAGAGAGGAUUUGGGCUGUGAGAGACUUCUCAGCUGCUGCUACUGAGAGCAGCUUUGCCCCAAGCCCACCCCCUCUCCUGCAGCCAUGAGGGUGUCUGUGAGAGCCAGGUAGGAUUUGGGACACCUCAGUGGCAGUGCCUUUGUGCUGUGGUUUCUCUGUUACAUCUCUCUGCUUGACUGGCUGAAAACACACUGUGUUGUAUUUGAUAGAAAACUGUCUCUCUGCAGCCCUGCUGAGGGGUGGGUAGGAGCUGUUGGCAAUGUGCUGUGGUGAGGAAAACCAGCUCCCACUGAAAUAAAACCUCGGUAAGGAUUG